AGCAGCACUUGAAGUUGAUGGUCGAUUAAGAUCUUCAAUAUUCUUAUUGAUUGCACUUGGUUUUUUGAAAAAUUCUUAAGUAUGGCAUUUAUUUUCAGUCUUGGGUUUGCACCAGAGAUCCAUUGUCCAUAAUUUUCCAAUUCUUCUUCAAACUGUAAAAAUAUUAGAAAACAUUAAACAUUUAUAUUUAACAGUUGUCAUAAUCUUCCAAAUGUUCCCCAGUAUUUGCUGUAGCUCACUUAUGGAGCCUGGGGUCUGCUGGGCAAUAUAACAUUAAGUAUUGGUAUUGGCAUAGGCACACAUUUUUUUAACUGGAGGAAACUAGGCAUUGUUUUGAUCAGCCCAGUUUCCUCAUAGUGUUUUUGUUCACCAUGUACUGACAAAUACCACAUGUUAUUUUAAUACAAAGUGAAAAUUCAUUGAUAUGACAAAGGGUUUAAACAUGACAUAGCAGCACCCACAUUAAUGUAAUGUAUUAAUAAAAUUGUUUUUUACCAGCUUACCAUAAAUUAUUCCAUCCAUUAUUCCACAAUUCAAAAAAAUGCCAUAUCAUCAAAACUAACUUGGGUAAUUCAUUUUUUUACAGAAUGGUAAACAAAACAAGGUAACUUACAUUUAAGUGGUCCGCACAGCAAAACAGUGCUUGGUUUGGACAGUUCCUGCCAACCAAUUGACACUGUUCAAGACAAGUCUGAACAUAGCUUUAAACAUUGUAUGUUUAACAUUAGUGCUAAUAUUUGUUGCUUGCAACAUUUGAGAAUAGUUGUGUCUAUGAUGCGCGGUCGGCGUUCUAUUCGUUCUGUGCUAUAAGGCUGCGGCUUCAUUGAGGCGGAGACGAGCGGAGCUGAGAGGAGACGAGUGGGGAUCGACCAAUCGUAUUACAUGAAAUCCACAUCUCGUCUCCGCUCCGCUUCAAUGGAAACAGUCAAGCGGAGACGAGCGGAGCUGAGAGGAGACGUGUGGGGAUCGACCAAUCGUAUUACAUGAAAUCCACAUCUCGUCUCCGCUCCGCUUCAAUGGAAACAGUCAAGCGGAGACGAGCGGAGCUGAGAGGAGACGUGUGGGGAUCGACCAAUCGUAUUACAUGAAAUCCACAUCUCGUCUCUGCUCCGCUUCAAUGGAAACAGUCAAGCGGAGACGGGCGGAGCUGAGAGGAGACGUGUGGGGAUUGACCAAUCAUAUUACGUGAAAUCCACAUCUCGUCUCCGCUCCGCUCCGAUUCAAUGGGAAUAGUCAAGCGGAGACGAGCUGAGCGGAGAGGAGACGUGUAAUCACGGGCCCAGAGGGGCGAAGCAGAUUGGAGGGGCGGGAUUCUAAUCGAGCCGCACAGUCAGUUGGACCGCUAGCGUCACCGAUACUACACACCUGCGCACGAUUCACAAUGGGUGACGAAUUGUUCAUUGAAAGUGUCAAAAAGUACCCAUCUCCGCUCGUCUCCGCCUCAGUGGAAUCACGUACCUCUUUUCACAGCUCUGCUCCUCUCAGCUCCGCUCGUCUCCGCCUCAGUGGAAUCACGUACCUCUUUUCACAGCUCUGCUCCUCUCAGCUCCGCUCGUCUCCGCCUCAGUGGAAUCACAUACCUCUUUUCACAGCUCUGCUCCUCUCAGCUCCGCUCGUCUCCGCCUCAAUGGAGCCGCAGCCUUACGAUGAUAUCGGUACCUGCAGUCAUAACGCGGUGACGUCACCGAGCGGCGCGGCCAGCGCGCCGCGCGCCACCGACACCGGGUUUGAUUCUCGUGACACGGUCGCUCGCCCCGGUCCAUCCAGUUUACUAUCUGCUCCCACCAAUAAUAAUAGUAAUAACUAUGUUACUCGCUCCGGCAGGGAGGUGAUCGCUCCUGAUCGGUGGGGUUCCUGGGGCUGGUAAACUGUUUGGAAUGGUAAUGUAUCUUAAGAUGUAUGUUGUGUACCUAUAAUAAGUUCUACAAUGAUCAAUGUUAUCUAAUAUCUAUAAUAAUGUACCUAUUGCCUGUACAUGCACUUCAAGGCCUAAGUUGUUGUUUAUUAUUACUAAAUUAAAAUGAGUUUCGUUGUAAG